AAUGGGACAACGUUUAAGCAUACAGGUUCGUCUCAGCGACAGUAUCCAACUGUGAUAGAAGAGCUAUGCACUCAAUUUUCUCUGGCCGAUCUUAGGAAAUCGACAAACAACUUUAACGAAAACCAAAUAAUUGGAAGUGGAGGCCUUGGCACUGUAUACAAAGGCUCUCUUCAAAACAGUAGUGUUACUGAGUCCACAAUUGUAAUCAAGCGAAUAUAUGGGAUCACUGAGAAGGAACUUAAGCAGUUCAAGAACGAAAUCGAGUUGCUCUGCCAGUUUCGCCAUCCAAAUUUGGUCACUCUAUUAGGAUUUUGUGACCACAAAGACGAGAAGAAUAUUGUAUAUGAGUACAUGGCCAAUGGAUCUCUCCAUCAUAGCCUAUAUCGUAGGGAUAUGAAAAUGGAGCCACUAACAUGGAAGCAGAGGCUAAAGAUCUGCAUAGGAGUAGCACAGGGACUACACUACCUUCACACAGGUCUCAAGAGAACAAUUUUUCAUCGUGACAUAACACCUUAUAAAAUUCUUCUGGAUAGCAACAUGGUGGCCAAACUCUCAGACUUCCGACUUUCCUUAACAGGACCACAUUAUGCAUCAAAGCCAGAACCAAAGACAAUAACAAAAGAUGGCUUCACAGGUACACUUGGCUACGUGGCUCCUGAGAUUUCAGAAAACAAUAUAUUAACAGAGAAAAGCGAUGUUUACUCCUUUGGUGUAGUUCUACUAGAAGUGGUAUGCAAAGACAAGCUAAACAGUGUUGAGAAGAGGCAGAAACACCCUGUUGAGGAGAAUAUUGAUCCAAAUAUUGAAGGAAAGAUUGCACCAGAGAGUUGGGAAGUAUUUAUAGACAUCACAGAAAGAUGCUUGAACUUUGAUCCUAAUGAGCGACCAUCAACGGGUGAAGUGGAGAUUCAACUUGAGCUUGCUCUGCCACUGCAGGAAGAAGCGGAUGCAAGAAAUACUUGUGAUGAUUAUACCCUAUUAUCUCUUACCAUUAUUAAUUAG